GGCUGGAAAGGCGUCUUAAGCGCUACAGGAUGACAGGCGCGCGCACACGACACGCGUGGAUGUGGAGAGAUAUCCCGAACACCUUCGGCUUUUAGAGACACCUGAAACCAGCAUCGUGUGGAAACAAUGAUGUCUUCCUACCUCCAAAGCAUUUCUGUGCCUCCUCAUGGUUUGGUCUAACACUGACAUCUGAACUGCAGGUCUCAUCUCAGCUCAGGGAGAAAAAAAAAAUAAAAUCAAGAACCAGGAUUUGAAAUUCAUUUAUUUUACCUCAAAGUUUUAGUGUUUUCCCAAAAGGGGUCAUGCCCCACCUGCUCAACAAUGAUAGUUCCUUCAGCUCCAGGCAAGAACUGCUGGAUCUGCAAGAUGGACCAAUUGUCCCCAGUGUGGACUUGCCAAGCCCACUGGAGUCACAGGUCAGCACGCCUACUGGCUCCACCCCUCACCGUCCACCUGCAGAUGCCCCCAUCAAGACGACCAAGAACACUGUUAAUCUCUCUGGGGCAACAGUAGGGGUUAAUUUUCUGUCCUCGGACACAGAGAACCUGUGUGGAUGGGGAGCUCUGACCCCCCGCUUUAUCCAGAGCUUCAACACUGCCCGCUGGGUGCUCUUCUUCCUGUGCGUGGCCUCGUUCCUCCAGGGCAUGAUAAUCAACGGUUUCAUCAACACCGUCAUCACGUCCAUCGAGAGACGCUUUGAUUUGCGCAGCUAUCAGGCUGGGCUCAUCGCUAGCUCCUAUGACAUUGCUGCGUGCGUGUGCCUGACGUUCGUGAGCUAUUUUGGUGGCACAGGACACAAGCCCCGCUGGCUGGGCUGGGGAGUUUUCAUUAUGGCGCUCGGCUCACUCGUGUUCGCGCUGCCGCACUUCACCACGCCAGUUUACCAGCCCAGAGUACUGGAGCAUACAGGGCUGUGCUCAGCCAAUCAGACGGAUGGGUGCGGGAACAACCAAGGAAGUAGACUCUCAUUGUACCGCUACAUCUUCAUGCUGGGCCAGUUUCUGCAUGGUGUUGGUGCUACACCACUCUACACACUUGGUGUUACUUACCUGGAUGAGAACGUCAAGUCCAAUUAUGCGCCAGUCUACAUAGGUAUCUUCUACACUGCAGCUAUUAUAGGCCCGGCAGCUGGAUACCUGCUGGGUGGCUUUUUCCUCAACAUCUACACGGAAAUUGGCCAAAAACCUGAUCUGACUCCAGAAAACCCACUGUGGGUGGGGGCAUGGUGGAUUGGGUUCCUGGCAGGAGGAGCUGCUGCCCUCAUCACCGCUCUACCCAUUCUGGGCUAUCCUCGCCAACUGCCAGGGUCUCAGCGCUUUAUAGCCAUGCGUGUGUCUGAGGCCCAUCAGCUGAAGGAUGGAAGUCAAGCGACCGCCUCUGACCCCCAGUUUGGCAAGACAGUAAAAGACAUGCCGAGGUCAGUGUUGCUGCUGUUAAAAAACCCUACGUUUAUAUUUCUGUGCCUUGCUGGUGCUACAGAGGCUACUCUAAUCGCCGGCAUGUCCACUUUUGGGCCCAAAUUUCUGGAGUCUCAGUUCAGUCUUAGUGCUUCAGAGGCAGCCACCUGGUUUGGCUACAUGGUGGUUCCUGCUGGAGGAGGCGGUACCUUCCUGGGUGGCUACAUCGUGAAGAAGCUGAACCUACGUUGCCGUGGCAUCAUCCGCUUCUGCAUGCUCUGUGCACUGGUGAGCCUUGUGGCUGUCUUCGUCUUCCUCCUUCACUGUCCCAACGUGCCUAUGGCUGGAGUGACCGCACCAUACCGGAGCAGAUCUCACAACAGCUUGGCUUACACACAGCAUCAGAGCAGUCUUGUAAUAGGUAGGAAUUUGACCGUAGAGUGUAAUGCAGAAUGUCACUGUGUGGAGGCGCUGUAUAACCCAGUGUGUGGAGCUGAUGGGGUGAUGUACUACUCUGCCUGCCAUGCGGGCUGCGGUACUGUUAACAACACACACAGGACCACAGAAAGACAGACGUUCACAGGCUGUAGCUGCAUCAUGGGUAAUACGUCAAUAGGAGAGGAAGGUCUGGCCGUAGCAGGAAAGUGUAGCUCUUCCUGUAACCACAUGCCGGCCUUCCUUGCCUUCUUCUUCAUCAUCAUCUCCUUCACCUUUCUGUGCAGUAUCCCUGCUCUCACGGCUACUCUGAGGUGUGUCCCUGACAGUCAGAGGUCAUUCGGACUGGGGAUCCAGUGGAUUGUGGUGCGAACGCUGGGUGGCAUCCCAGGUCCAAUCGCGUUUGGGUCAGUGAUUGACAUCUCGUGUCUGCUGUGGCAAGAGCAGUGUGGAGAACGUGGGUCUUGUUACCUAUACCAGAAUUCUGCUAUGAGCCAAUACACACUCAUUGCUGGCAUCAUCUACAAGUUUUUGGGCACUGUUUUCUUCAUGUUGGCCAGCGUGCUGUAUAAACCUCCUCCAGAAUCUCCUCAGAAUAGCUGUGAGAACACAGACCACAGUGCAAUAGACGGAGGCAUCGAGGUCGGACACCUGCCAGUCAAAGACCUCCCACCUGAGAUCAUAGCCAACGUUCAUGCCAAGUUGUGACCUUCGCCCACCCAAGCGCACACCCUGCAUGAGCGUGUGUGAAUAUGUGCGUUUCCAUCAACUUUAUCACAACCCCAGACACACGAACCUGCACUGUGGUUAUUAUUGGUCUUUUCUCUUUUUUUUGGCCAGGCAUGCCUCGCUCAAAUGUGAUCCAUCUGAUACGCGAAGAUCUAAUAUUUCAGUCAUCUCGCAGAUGGAUCACGUUUGUUCAUAAUGAACUGUUGAUAAAAUGCUGGAAGAUGCAAAAGAAGUGACAUGAGUCAUAGAUUAAAGAUUCAUGUUUGAAUAACCCUCUGCGAUCAGUAUAGUUUAGAUAUUACAAUUCUUUCUUUGGCCGCCCAAAUUAUUCUAGAUUACAGAUUCUAAGCAUCACAAUAGAUUCGAUCUUCUGCAAGGUUUGAUAAAUUGCUCAGCACCUACAUUGGAUAUGUUUGAAGCAGGGAGGUGCUUCGGACACCCAGCCAAAGAUAAUCAGAUUUUUAUAUAUAUAUUUUUGGUUUUGUUUUUUUAAAUGUAUGCUAUGCCACUUUUUAUGCCACAGCAUGGCCGUUACCUUAUGCAGGAAACAUAGUGCUGCAUGGAUGACAUUUUGUUUAAACCAACCCAGAAGUUAGCAUCAGAAAAUAAGCUCUGUGAUCUUGUUUAUCUUCACAAACGAACACAACUUUUAUGAUUUUUGAAGCCUAAAUAAAUCGGCAGAAGGAAAAAGCGAUAUUUAAGCUACAGGAAUGUGACAUCACUAAUCUAAAACACUUUUGAUUGUUAUUUAAAAAUAUCUGUUCACUGAUAAGGAUCCACUGUGGAUGCCCUUUUUUAUGAAUGAAUCUUAGUGGAAAGGCUGUAAUAGAACCAGUGUUCACCAUAAUGACAUUUAAUGUCAUUUAACCAGUUCUUAGCCAUUUUCAAGACUCUCACACAUGGCAUAUUACUGAUGCACUUUAUGUCGUAGAAUAAAACCUGAAAUUACUCUAUAUUGCCAAAGGUUUUGGGACACCCCUCCAAAUCAUUGAAUUCAGGUGUUGUUUUUCAGGGGUUGAGCUCGGCCCCUUAGUUCCAGUGAAAGGAACUCUUAAUGCUUCAGCUUCAUACCAAGACGUUUCAAGAUGUUCUUGGUGGGAACAGUUUGGGGAUGACCCCUUCCUGUUCCAACAUAACUGCACACUAGUGCACAAAGCAAGGUCCAUAAAAACAUGGAUGAGUGACACAGAGUCCUGACCUCAACCCCAUAGAACACCUUUGGGGUGAAUUAGAGUGGAGACUGAGCCGGACCUUCUCGUCCAACAUCAGUGCCUGACCUCACAAAUGCACUUCUAGAGGAAUGGUCAAAAAUUCCCAUAAACACACUCCUAAACCUUGUGGAAAGCCUUCCCAGAAGAGUUGAAGCUGCAAAAGGCAGGACAACUCCAUAUUACAUUCAUGUGCAUGUAAAGACAGACGUCCCAAAACUUUUGGCAAUGUAGUGUAUCUUGAACAUGUGUCAAACACAUUCAAGAUAAUUUGAAAAAAACAAAUUUAAGUAUAUAUAUAUAUAUAUAUAUAUAGGACUCGUUCCUGCAGCACUCUGUUAUCUGAUUAUACUGUAAUACAUAAGACAAAAGGCACUUCUUAUUGUUUCUCUUCAUUAACUGAUUUAUCCUGGUCAGGGCCGUGAUUGAUCCAGAGCCUUUACUGGGAACACUGGGUACGAGGAGGGCACACACCCUAGAUGAGUCCAUCGUAGGGCAGCAAUGCACACAUUCACGCACACAUUUAUUCACACACUUAUUCAUACCUAGGGGUUCAUUUAGAGUAGCUAAUUCACAUCCUGGCAGGUGUGAAGAAACCAGAGGAUCUAUCCUGGAGCUAUGAGGCGGCCGUGAUGUACCUGCCACUACACUGUGCUGCUCAUCAUUUCUCUAGAAACACAGUAUACUGAUUUGUUCUUUCUACUAUCCUAUUUAAAAAGCACUUAGAAAUUAAACAAUGGGUACUAAUACAGAAUAAAUAUAGAAACACAAUUCUUCAAAUGGUUGAAAUUAAAUCCAUUUAUGUAAAAGGCUUUCUUGCAGAUAGCAAGGUUAUUCUACAUAUGAUACUAGACUGCGUCAUGAGACGAUUGUGUAACGCUCCUGCUGAGCCUUUACUCAUAUAACCUGCAACUCUGUUUGCACUUUAACUUCCUAAAACUAAUUCACUGAUUCACUGAACACCAUAUAUGAGUAUAUCAGCUACAACUUUAAUACAAGCCAUUAUCUUUGUUCUAACUAAACAUACAAAUGGGACCUAAAGGUUUAUGCUUUUUAAAAAGAUGUCCAGUGCCAAAAUAAUGUCUUUUAGGACUGUGAAGGUCAGAAUGGCCUUAUGGGUUUGGUUUAUAUUGCAGCAGCUAUGCUAUAUAUUACCAAAAGUUUUGGGACACCGCUCCAAAAGGGUUCGGCCCCUUAGUUCCAGUGAAAGGAACUCUUAACGCUUCAGCUUCAUCUAUCUAUCUAUCUUCAUACCAAGACAUUUUGGACAAUUUCAUGCUUUGUGGGAACAGUUUGGGGAUGACCCCUUCCUGUUCCAACAUACACCACUGUACACCAGUGACCAAAGCAAGGUCCAUAAAGACAUGGAUGAGUGAGUUUGAUGUGGAGGAACUUGACUCCUAAACCUAAACACACUCCUAAACCUUGUGGAAAGCCUUCCCAGAAGAGGUGGAGAUGUUACAGCCACAGAGGGCGGGACAACUCCAUAUUACAUUCAUGUACAUGUAAAGACAGACGUCCCAAAACUUUUGGUAAUGUGGUGUAUGUUGCAAAAAAAUGAAUAAAUACAUUAUUAAUUCAUUAAAAAAAAUUAAAUUAAAGGUUGAGGGCUAAUGUAGGUCAUGUCUGAUGGUCAGUGUACCUAUUUGGAAUAGGACACUGUAUGAUGUGUAAUGUUUUGUAUUGUUUAACGGCAGUUCUGCGUAAUAUUCAGUCAUUUUUUUUGAAUUGCUAGAAUUUUUCAUAAAAAUCGACCUUGUGCCAAGCUGAAAGUUCUCAUCAUUGUGAUCAUUCACAUUGCUUGUGCGUGAAUGCUGAAUUCGCAAACUACCAAAUGCCACCUUUAAUACCUUAUAUGAUUAAUUUUUACCAGCACACACACACACACACACACUUAUGUAUACAUAUAUCUUUUUAUUCACUUGUGUUGAAAGACUGUUUAUAUAUCAUUUAUAAAUUUGAAGAAAAAAAAAUUUGGAGAAAAAGGGACACUCUCACCCGAUGAAAUGCACUCAAGAAACGUUUUGAGGAUUUGCACAAAUGAAGACGUGAGAAGGUGUGAGAAGAACAGCAGGUUGUUUUUUUUUUGUAUGGUUUAUACAGUAUUUAUUGUGUUCACCCUAAAAUAACUGCAAGCAACUGUGCCUGGUAGACCAUGGUGUGACCCCAGUGAUCAUCUGUGAGUGUGAUGAUUAAUGUGAUUCUCUUCAUGUUAGUUGUGUAGGUUUUGAUAGCGACAUCCCGCCACAUCACAUUAAACUGUAAAGGUUUGGGGAACGAAGCGGAUUUCCCAGUUCUGGUUUGAUACUUUUCUUUAAAAUCUCUUUUUGAUGCAAACAUUUCAGUAAAUGUUUUUUAAGAAGUGAAAUCCACAAA